AAUCGACGACAAAGGGUUGGACAACGACUAUCCACUGUAGUUGCAAGCAUGCAAAGGAAAGGAAAUGACUUUUCGGGGAGGGACCAGGUUGUCCACGUUGGAUUUCCCGAAAAAUCCCAAAUUUCAUGAUUUCCCCACUUUUCUCUGUUUCUUUUUUUUUCCAAAAUUCCACCUGUUUUGUUUAAAGUUUCUGUUGUUUCUCUCAUCGGCCCCGGUUUCCUUCUUCUUUCUUCUGAAACCUCGAAACUCCAGAAAAAAACAGCUCUGGCUGACUGUAACAAACAUGGUUCUUUUGAGUGGUCAGCUGCACAGAUUGCAGCUCUGCGUUUUGCCUCCUCGGGUUCCGAUCUCCCACCGUUUUUCUUCCCCAAAAAGGAAAUUAAUGCCAUGCCAAUUUUGGUGGAUCAAAUCUUCGUCUUUACAUGCAAGUAGUUUCAUAGUACACAACAGAGCGAAAUGUGAGGCCAGUUCUCAAAGGGCAGAAAAUGAGCUAGAUUCCACUGUGUAUAUAAAUGUUGCAGAUGAUUUGAAUGACCAACUCUUUAAUACAGACCCAAUUAAUAUUUCUCAGGUUCUCGUAGCUAAAGUCACGAUGGGAUUGCUGUCCUUAUAUUUCUCAUUUAGGCUAGGACAGUCAAAUGUUUUUCAUACUUUCAUUAAGAUCGUCCAAGCAAAACUUCCCUCUAUCAUUCAAACUUUCGGGGCUGCCGCCUUGCCCUUUGCCUGUGUUUCUAAUUCAUUGAAUAAACCUGUCCCUCUUCGGUUGGAUGUGUCUUUUCCUUCAUUUCGAGACAUUAGAUGGAGCUUUGCACGGUUACUGUAUCUAUUUAACAUCCAACUUGAAAAGAAUGUUGCCACGUUCUUUCUGGUGCUCCUGGUAGCAUGCUUCUCAUUUGUUGUCAUUGGUGGUUUCCUAUUCUACAAGUAUAGGGGUAGUAAUGAGUCUUUGGAGGACUGCUUCUGGGAGGCUUGGGCAUGUCUGUGUUCAUCAUCGACACAUUUAAAACAAAGAACACGCAUUGAACGUGUUAUUGGUUUUGUUCUUGCAAUAUGGGGCAUAUUAUUUUACUCUCGCUUGUUGAGCACAAUGACUGAACAGUUCAGGAACAAUAUGUACAGACUAAAAGAAGGCGCACAAAUGCAAGUUCUGGAGACUGAUCAUAUCAUUAUUUGUGGAGUGAACAGUCAUCUUUCCUUCAUACUAAAGCAACUAAACAAGUAUCACGAACUUGCUGUCCGCUUAGGUACUGCUACAGCUAGGAGGCAGAGAAUUCUUCUUAUGUCCGAUCUCCCAAGAAAGCAGAUGGACAAGCUUGCGGACAAUUUAGCGAAAGAUCUUAUACACAUUGAUAUCCUUACAAAGAGUUGCAGCCUUAGUUUAACAAAAUCAUUUGAAAGAGCCGCUGCCAACAAGGCACGUGCAAUAAUUAUACUGCCAACGAAGGGAGACCGGUAUGAAGUUGACACUGAUGCUUUUUUGUCUGUUCUGGCUCUUCAACCUAUUCCCAACAUGGAAUCUGUCCCCACAGUUGUUGAGGUUUCAAGUUCCAAUACAUGUGAACUCUUAAAGUCGAUCUCAGGGUUAAAAGUAGAGCCUGUGGAAAAUGGUGCAUCAAAAUUAUUUGUACAAUGUUCUCGUCAAAAGGGACUCAUAAAGAUCUACAGGCACUUGCUUAAUUAUCGAAAAAAUGUCUUUAAUCUUUGCAGUUUCCCAAGUCUAGCUGGGCUCAAGUAUAGGAGAUUACGACAUGGGUUUCAAGAGGCAGUUGUUUGUGGGCUUUAUAGGAACGGGAAGAUAGACUUCCACCCCAAUGACAGUGAAAUCUUGCGGGAAACUGACAAAGUAUUAUUCAUUGCACCUGUUAAUGGGAGUAAGACACCCUAUGUUACUUAUUCAAAUGUUGUCAAAGAAAUAGGCGCUGAUCAAAGUUUGGAUGAUCUAGAAACAAACGGGUGUACUCACCCGCAUGCCUUGCAACUGGUGAAAACACGACUUGAGAAUAUUGUCAGGCGUCCCAAGAAACCAGGCUCUAAGGCCUCAGACUAUAAUCUGGGACCAAAAGAAUUUAUCCUUCUGCUUGGAUGGCGCCCCGACAUCAUAGAGAUGAUUGAAGAAUAUGACAAUUAUCUUGGACCUGGCAGUGUUGUGGAAAUUUUGUCAGAUGUACCUUUAGAGGACAGAAAGAGGACAAGACAAGUUUCUGAUCAAGGAAAACUCAAACAUGUCAAGGUUUCUCAUCGGAUUGGAAAUCCAAUGAACUUUGAAACCUUACAAGAUACCAUAGUGCAUAUCCAAAAUUCAUUGAAGAACGAAGAUGUUCCCUUGUCGGUCGUUGUAAUAUCUGAUAGGGAAUGGCUUCUUGGAGAUCCAACCAGGGCAGACAAGCAAUCUGCGUAUUCUCUUCUUCUUGCUGAAAAUAUUUGCAACAAACUUGGUGUAAAGGUACAGAAUCUCGUUGCAGAGAUCGUGGACUCGAAAUUGGGCAAACAAAUCACAAGAAUUAAGCCGUCCCUGACUUACAUUGCCGCAGAGGAAGUAAUGAGCCUCGUAACAGCUCAAGUUGCUGAGAACAGUGAACUAAACGAAGUGUGGAAAGACAUUCUAAACGCAGAGGGUGAUGAAAUAUAUGUAAAGGAUAUCAGCCUCUACAUUAAAGAAGGAGAGAACCCUUCAUUCUUUGAGCUUUCUGAAAGAGCACAACUGCGGAAAGAAGUGGCGAUAGGUUAUGUGAAAAACAACAAGAAGGUUAUUAAUCCAGUUCCCAAGUCCGAACCCCUCUCCCUUGAGUUGACAGAUUCGUUGAUAGUUAUAUCCGAACUUGAAGGAGAACAACCUAUCAUUCUGGAGAACCAAUCAAGUUGAAACGACCGCCCAAAUUUUGCUCGUGAAAGUUUGAAUCCCAUGCUAAAUGGAAGUACUCAUGUUUUGACAGUGAAAGUGUUCUCCGAGCUUGACCAUUGAACCGGCAUUAAACUAGCAAAUUGGUGAAGAGACUGUUUUAGCUUCUUUAUUUUGCAGUAUUAGCCUCUCUUUUGUUGUUAAGACCGUAACAUUGAUACAGACACCGCACUAAUUCAUGGAAAUUUGUCCAAUAAAGAAAAUCUGGAUUAACAGUAAUAAGCAUUGUUAGUCAUGUUAAUUAUA